AUGCUAAACUCAGUCAUCGUUUGCUGGUGGACCUUUAUUAUGGUCCAAGUGGCAUCUGGCCUUGUUCGCACAAACCGCAUGGAAGACUCCCGUCCCAGUCUGAGGAGAUCAGAGGCAGCCUUCUUUUCUGACCUGGGCUCAGUGCCUGGAGCAGAUUCUGUGCGGCUUGGUGCUGAUUCUGUAGAAGAACAACUGAUGGAGGAUCCAGUAUCUUAUGAUGAAUAUCCACAGGAUGUCGCUGAAGCCGCGGUACAGUUGCAAAGGAGAGGCACGCGUUCCCCAGGUCGCUGUAUUCCACACCAACAGUCCUGCCUUGGUCAUCAACUCCCCUGCUGUGACGCGUGUGACACCUGCUAUUGUCGUUUCUUCAAAGCGUUCUGCUACUGCCGCAGCAUGGACCACACCUGCAAGCAUGGACGAGCCUAG